CUGCAAUCGAGGACCCGAAUGCGCAUCUGGCACAAUUUCUGGAGAUAUGUGGUACAAUGAAGUACAAUGGAGUCCCGGGGGGCGCUAUCCGGCUUAGGCUUUUCUCUUUCUCUCUUAGAGAUAAAGCCAAGGUGUGGUACAAUUCUCUUGAGGCCGGGACAGUGACAACAUGGGAUGAGAUGCGUCAGAAAUUUCUCUUGAAGUUCUUCCCACCGAGUAAGAUGUUGAGACUUCAGACGGAGAUCACUCAAUUCAAGCAACAAGAUGGUGAGCCUUUAUACGAGGCCUGGGAGCGUUACACGCAACUCCUUCGGACGUUCCCACAGCAUGGAUUUUCGGAAGAGCACCAAAUUUGCUAUUUCUAUAAUGGAUUGAGUGGCCCGAUGAAGGCUAUGGUGGACGCCUCAGCUGGAGGUGCCCUUUUGGGAAGGCGACCGAACGACGCGAAGCGAAUUCUUGAGGAGAUGGCAUCGAAUAGCUAUCAGUGGUCGGUUGAGAGGACUAUGCUCAAGAGAGUGGCGGCUACGAAUGAGGCGGACUCAGCCGCUUCGAUGGCGGCUCAAAUAGCAGCAUUGGUGAUAAACAACAUGCAAGGAGGAAAGGCUGAGAGCUUAGGAGUUGGGGAACCGGUCGAGGACGUGAAUUAUGUGAAUAAUCGGAAUUUUGGGAAUUUUCGAGGACCUCAAGCGGGGAACACUUAUUACCAAUGCAACCGGAAUCACCCCAGUUUAUCAUAUGCAAACCCGGAUAAUGCUCUACAACCACCUCCCGGAUUUUCGGUGACCAACGGGGUCAUCAAUGAGCCAAAGAAGCCGACAAUCGAAGAUAUGUUCGCCUCGUUCAUGACUCAAACGCAACAAUUCAUGGGCGAAUCUCAGGCUAAGCACUCUACCUUGGAGAAGCAAAUGAAGUCAAUGGAACAACAAAUUGGACAGUUGGCCACGGCA